AAACAUAAAAAAGAGGCUUUUAUAGGUAUCCUGAUAGAGUUCAAAGAAGUAACAUCUUUGGCUAAUGAUUCAUCAGGUCAGUAGCAGAAGGUGCACAUUUGAGUUAAAUGUAAUUAUAUCCAAGAAGUAUUUUCCCUAAAUCCAUUUUUUUUGUGUAACUGUUGGGUGUUUUUUAAACUCUGGACAUUUAGGCCUCACUUCUGGGAAGCGUGUGGGGAGUAUUUUCUUGAGAAGAUGCCAGUUGAUGUUAGUUAAAAGAUGGUCCAGAGGUUCUCUCUGACACAGCUGAUGCUGUAAAUGAGCUCGGUACUGGAUGUUAAUACCAAAGCAAUCCCCUCCCACACAAUCCAUACUCUCACUCGGUAUGGAUUUUGUAUAGUCAUGUCUUUGAAUUUUUUAAUUCAUGGACAAAAUGAUCCCUCUGGAAUUCGAUCUGUUAAGCAAGCCUUUUGAUAGAGUUAGUAGAAUAAAAGCCAUUUAUUCUGACUCUUUCAUUCCCUGUUGGAUAUGUAUGACCUGUUGAUUUAGAAGUAGAUGAAUAAUCCAUGCAAACCACAUUAUUUUCUACCAGGACUUUCAAAGCAGUCCUUACAUUGUAAUACAGACUCUUCAGCAUCAACUCUUUGUCCUUCUUUCUGCUGCCUAUAAAUGCUAGGUUUGAUUUACCUGGUGUGCUGCACUGUCAGACACAUUGCUUACAGAAAGAAAUGCAGCUUUCUCUUACUGUGUAUUGUGUGCUAAUUUUUGAGUGUGGCUAGAACAAGGAGGAUUUACAUUUAGGCCCUGAUUGAAGAGCUGAUUAUGUGAGUACCUCUUUUGCCCUUCAGGUUGUCCUUCUGAAUUCAGCUCUCGUUCUGUCAAUGCCUUAUGAUGUGCUUUUGGAUGUGAUUUACCAUUUUAAUCUGAUUUAGUAGUCUGUCAAAUGAACAGGAGAGUGUUUUCAUAGUGCACUGUAUUAUGAAGAUUGAUGUCUGUUUUGUAGUGUUUUUAUAGUGUUAUGAGACUGUAUAAUCCCAUGUGAAUGCUACCUGUUCCUUGUUACAGCUUUUUGAAGGAACAUGCAAAAGAAAUCCCAAAUCCAACAGCUAAAAUGUUUAUUUGGCCUGAUGAUUAUUCUGACUUGUAGUAACAGUGGUUAAUUUGUUGCAUUAUGGAAUUAAUUGUUAGCAUUUUAUUUAAAUUACAGUUUGUACCUGUUCUAGAGUUGAGCUGUGAAACUUUAUUCUAGUUUAAGUAAUCCGAAGUGAGCAAAUGAGUUUAGUGAAACAAAUAGGAAUAUUAUCAAGAACAGUGUAAGGUCUGUUUAGCCAUCCUUGAUCAUGGUGGAAAGAGACCAAAAACUCUUUUGCUUGCAUGUAAAAAGAAAAAAAACAAACCCCAAACAUUCUUCAUACAUUUGUGUUGCCAAGAACCAUCUAGUCCUGGUGGAUCAGCUCACAGUAGUAAGCAUUUCACCUGGCUGUACUUUGGGCCCUCUGUUGGAACCAAGUGAGCUGUGGCAGUUGCUACACUAUUCAAGGAUGUUGCCUAAUAGCAAAAUGCAAUAAAAUGCUUGUUAAGGGGAAAAUAUCAAGGUUGUUUUUCAUGGUGUGCAGGCACCCUGCUGUGGUGUUUAGGGGACUUCCAGCACUUCUUAGGACAAUGUAGAAGAGAAGAGCUGAGCUGGCAGUGUUGAGGAGACCUAACAUGGGCAAAAACUACCUCUCUCCACUAUUGUUGGGCUGGCAAAUCUUCCUAUUGCUUGCAAGUGACAAUACUUUUGUAGAUAGACCUGCAGACACCUUAAAGACAUACUCUGGAGAGUCAAGGGGCUUCAGGAGUCAAGGUUUCACCCAGGGUCUGCCUGUGACUUGAAUGUACGUCACAUGUUUCUAGAGUGGGAAAUGGCCAAAUCCAUCAGUGUGUGCUAGAGUGACUUGGUGAUGUUACCUUCAGGCAGUUCCACACUGGGCUGUACUCUUUCAGUCUCACUGGUAAUCCUGUCAUCCUGUCCUGGCAGAGGAUUUGUGCUACAGCUGCUUGUGACCUCCCCAGGUACAGUGAGACAGAGUAUCAUCUGAAUUGUUAUCUGAAGCUUGGAUGCUAUGCUAAGCAUCUAAAUCUGUCCUGUCCCUCUUAGUUGGUAGUCUGAAUGUGUCCUUAGUUAUUUGAGAGUUCAGUGAACCUUCAGAAAAGUUGAAGACACAAUAAAUACUAAUUCAAUUCAUCACCAAAGUGGCUUUUCUAAAUGUUUUUAACUCUGUGUGGAAGUUUCUAGGUGUUGAAUCUUACAUGAGUAGCUCUCCCUGCCCAGGUAGCUAGUAAAGAAUAUCAUCUUUUAUAUAAGCCUUUAGCUCCUGUGAGUGCAAGGUCUCUCUUGUUUACUGAAUUUGGCCUCUAAAGCAGGAUGAUCUAGGUAACUUAAAAGCCAUGCACUGUUUAUUGUGUAGUUGUGUUUAAGACCUGGUUUCCAAACCUCAGCAUGUUCCUUAGAAGAGGGCAACAGCUGCCUUCAGGGUGCUGCUGAUGGUCUUCCUGUAAGUGGGUUACAUUUGUCCACCUCACUUAACUGACCUUGGGCUUUACACGUUCAAUGUACUUGCAAAAUUUAGCAGUAUCACUGCAACAACAGCUUCAGACAAAGGGGAUUAUGAAGCUGUAUUUAUAUAGUGGAUAGAAGUGAAGUAACCUGCACUUACUCUUUAAUACUAAUUAGGACCAGCCUCCUGACUGGGAUAAAACAAAGGCAUUUCCAGACUCCCACAAUAUGAGACAAUUUUACUGCUGUUAUCCUUAAGGAUUUGCCUUCAAUCCUGAUGUAGGUAACAAUAAGAUGGUCUACAGAAGUUGCACAAAGAAAAUAUAUGUUACAGCUCAGUGAAAAAUACAUGGAUGCAAACACACAUUAUGUACAUACAUGGUUACACACAUACAUAUACAUGUACAUUAUGUACAUACAUGGUUACACACAUACACAUACAUGUACAUACAUGUAUGUGUGUAUCCACGUGUUUUUCACAUACAUGUACAUGUAUGUGUGUAUUCCCUCACUCCCUUGUAUUUCAGGAGAGCACAUUUUCCUACUACUGCAAAAGUUCAGCAACAGCACCUAAAAGUGCCUGCAAAAGUAGGAACAGACCUUGAAAUGAGGAAAACUUAUACAAGCUGGCAGCAUCUUGUUUUCCACUUGAAGAGUUCCAGCUUUCAUGUUUUCAGAUGUUAGAAAGAAAGUAGAUGUUGAGUUGUUUAAACUGGCCCUAAAUCUGCUCAGCCUCAUUUCAUCAAACUCUCAUGCUUGAAAGCCAAAAGCCUGCAGUUGCAGUUAAGAUUUUAUGCUACAAAAUGACUGUUAAUGAUAGCUCUAUAGUCUGGUCUGUGCUGUGUGAUCACCUUUAAACUGGCUGAAGCCAAGUGAUAGAAUUACCUUUUUGCAGUCAUUUUAGCUCAACAGAAGAGGUCUUUUGCUCUGUGCAAUAACUGUCUUGUUUAAAGAGAGGGGUGUGAUCACAGAAGAGAGCAGUUGUGACCAAGUGGGUUUCUACUGUGCCUGAUUUCCCACUGGCAUAUCCUCUGGAAAGAGCUGAGCCUUGACACUUUGGCAAAGCAGGCCAGAAGCUCAGCAGCACAGAAUCCAAGCUAACUGAAUUUCUGUUAUGUGAGAAAAUAGGAGCUAGGAGGUCAGUGUGGUAGUUAGAACAUGAAGCAGUACUUGAGCAGGAAGAAGGGAGGGGUGUGUGUGUGUAAAUACAUUAAUAUAUUCUUCUGGAGAUUGGAGAUAACAACUGGGAAUGACCUGUGAGUGAUCUUCUUGCCUUGGUAAAUAGAUGAUUGUGCUUUCAUGGGGAAUUGAAUACAGGAUACAAGAGAAAUUAUAGAAAAGGAAAACUAAAGUGAGGGGGAAAAAAAGUCAUGAAAAUGGAAUUUGAAGUGUAUGUGCAGGCUGUCUUCAUAGAAUUUAGUCCAUAAGAGCUUUGUAUAUGGUAAAAUUAUGAUUCAAGCACUGUUAAAUAGUUAACUGUGAAAUUUUGGACACGGUUGAUAGGCUUUUACUUUCGAGUUAUGUACUCUGUUAGGUUUACAUUCAGCUUAUCAGAAUGAAUUGCCAAUAAUUACCAAUUAUUGCCAAUAUUUUGUUGUUUCUCCUUUUGAUUCCUUAUGCCCCUUGCUGGUGAUAAAUGCAGUGUGUGGUACUUAAAUGCAGUGCGUGCAGUGUUCUAGCAGGAUUUCAAGAAGUUGAACUGUUUACUAGAUAACCAGAAUUUCCCUGCUGUUCCUAUUUAAUGCUGUUUCUUACACAAUGUCCAUAAUUGUGGAUCUGAGCAUGUGCUGAGUGACAUGGCUAACAUCUGUCAUGUGUGAUUCUCCUUUCUGCUCCCUGGGAGGAAAAUUAUUGAGAGAAAAACGCAAGAGUCUCUAUAUAAACCACCAUCCUCCUGGGCAGUUGAGAAGGAAGUACAGUUCCUGCUCCACUAUUUUCCUGGAUGACAGCACAGUCAGCCAACCAAACCUCAAGUAUACCAUCAAAUGUGUAGCUCUUGCAAUAUAUUACCACAUCAAAAACAGGGACACAGAUGGAAGAAUGCUCUUAGAUAUUUUUGAUGAAAACCUUCACCCGCUUUCGAAAUCUGAAGUGCCACCAGACUAUGACAAACAUGACCCGGAGCAGAAACAGAUUUACCGCUUUGUCCGGACGUUGUUCAGUGCUGCUCAACUGACUGCUGAAUGUGCCAUUGUCACCCUGGUAUAUCUUGAAAGACUUUUAACUUAUGCAGAGAUAGAUAUUUGCCCAGCGAACUGGAAGCGAAUUGUCCUGGGUGCAAUUCUGCUGGCAUCCAAAGUUUGGGACGACCAGGCAGUGUGGAACGUGGAUUACUGCCAGAUCCUGAAAGAUAUCACAGUUGAAGACAUGAAUGAGCUGGAACGUCAGUUUCUUGAGCUGUUGCAGUUCAAUAUUAAUGUUCCCUCCAGUGUUUAUGCCAAGUAUUAUUUUGAUUUGCGUUCCCUGGCAGAAGCAAAUAACCUGAGUUUUCCUUUGGAGCCCCUCAGCAGGGACAGGGCAUAUAAACUUGAGGCCAUUUCCCGCUUGUGUGAAGAUAAGUAUAAGGACUUCAGGAAAGCCGCAAAGAAGCGGUCCGUCAGCGCUGACAACCUGACUGUGGUUAGGUGGUGCCCUGCUAUUAUCUCCUAACAGAGGAGACUGGAAUAUUCCUACAGAUGUACUGUUUCAUCCAUCCAUAUAUUUUUUUGGGGUGGGCUGGGGGGUGAGAAGAUAAAGGAAAAAAUAAAAAGACUUUUUGUUGGGUUUUUUUGGUUUUUAAAUCUGUCGAGCUGCCUUUACAGUGCCUCCCCAUUGUGUAGCACACGAGCAAAAUACCUGGCGGGAGGAGACGUGGAGGAACCCCUGUUUGGCAGAGAAGAUGGGCAACAGCUGGUGGGUUUUUUUCUCCUCUCACUUUGGCUAACUGCUUUACCCUUUUUAUGAGGAAACAGCAAAAUAGGUGCUUGAAAGAAGAAAGAAACAAACAAAAUGAAGCAGAGCAGAAAAAAGAUUUAAGAACUGUGCCAUUUUCUAAUAUGCUGUACUCCUGAAGAGAAGUGACAGCAUGAAAAUAAACCAUGUAGUGAGAUGACUGUGCACUAGAGGAAUGAAGUUGGGAGAGUCCAUCUUAAAGGUUUCUCUUAAUGUCUUUUUUUAUUUUAUGUUGGGGUUUUUUUUAUGUUCCUUAUUGCUGCUUCCCAGGAUAAAUUCUUCCCCUUGCACAGCAGCAAAUACAAAGUCUGUAUUUACCAGUAGCACAAGCCCCUGAAUAAAUAGCAUUGGGUUUUUUCACUGCACUUUUCUCUGUAAGCUGUCCUACUAGCAUUAUUCUCCAUAAUUAUUAUGCAUAUGUUCUAUUUCUUGUAUGCCUUUUAUUGUAUUGCAAAAGAGAGAACUUGACCAUAGUGCUGAACCAAAAGUGUGUACAGGGAUCAGAAGAUAAUUUCAUGAUGUCUUUUAUUUAUGGUAUACCUGGGUGCGUGUGCCUUCCUGAGUUCUUGGAAUCAUUUAUUUUUCCUUACUAGAAAGAUACAGUUAUUGAAGAAUUCAGAGGAUGAUGAUGAUGAUGAUAAGACUUGGGCCAAAUCUCUGAAAUUUGCAACAGAUCUUAAGAUCCUUUUUGCAGAUUUUCAUAGCAUUAGAAGUUUAGCAGAAUUAAUUUUGACAGAGGGUUUUUUUGGGUGUUGUUUUGUUUUGCCUUUUUUCCCCUGACUAGUUCAUUCCUUCACCUCCAGGUCCAUUGUUGCAAGCAAUAGCCUCCAUUUUUAUAUGUUUACCUAAAGCAAAAGUGAGUCUGUUUGUAUAAAAUAAAAAAGACUUUAAAAAAAAAUAGUUCCAGUGAGAAGGCCUGUAGAAAAUCUGAACAAGGCACUUGUCACAAGCAGAUUUGAUUUGGAAGCUAAAAUACAGACCCUGGUGUUGUUCAGCUUAGGUGCUUAUAGAAAUUAAAAGUAACCGAACUGUGAACAUCAUUUGCAGCUCUGAUUAUUCAGCUCUUCUGUUGUCAUCAGGUCCCUCUUACUGUGGCUGUUGCCCCUUGGGAUUUGUGAGAACCUUUUGUAGAAGAUAACUUACCAAUAGCAGCAUCUUUGCUUUAUAAUUCCCCAGUGUGGCUUUAUUCUCCCCCAUUUUUCUGCACAGUUUAGAAAGAUACAGCUGCAAACUCUCAGUUCCCUGAAAUCCUUUCUUUGUGACUAUCACUGAAGUGAAUGGCAACAGAGGUCCCUGAUUUAUGCACUACUGUGGUGGACCAUAAAGAUUCCAUAUUUGUUUUAUUAAGCCCUAUGGGCUUGUAGCAAACCUAGGGGCCCAGAGAUGCACACUUGACUUCCAGUGCAAUGCUAACCAGAUGCCUCAGGAUGGUGAGGCAAUGACAGGACUGAAAUUGUGAUGCCAAAUAGUUUCCUGCUAACUUCCUGUUAUUGGUUUGUGUAGUUUGAGACAUGAAGGUUUUAUCCAUAAAUUCUCCUGAUGUCCCUUGGGCCUUUAAAAUAAUCUAACUCUCCUCAAUUCUCAUUGUGCCAAUGCAUCAGAACUGUGAGUAUCCAAGUCCAUUUUCCCCUUAAACAUGGAAUGUAAGGCAAGUGUUUAUAGUAACAAGACAAAUGCAAAUCACAGCAUUUGGAACCUCUUUACAGACAGUAUCAAAAGGACCAUUUUCAGAGCAUUUGGAAUUCAUCCUUUACAGGCAUCAAUUUAGGCUUUAAAACAGGUAAAGUAUUUUGAUUUACCAACCACUUUGCUAAACUGAUUUCCAUUUAACUUGGUAUCAGGAAUAUUGCUUUAAUCCAUUUCUGGGUGAGAAGAGAUACGAACUUUGGAUUCUGUAAAGAUCUCAAUGCAUCUGCUAUAAUUUUUUGGUGAAGUUUAUUAAACUACUUUAAAGAUUGUAUAGUCUAUUUAUUGUAUGUAUGUACAUACAGUCUGAUAUUUUAAAAAGUGGAUUCCGUAAAACCUGGCUCAGUCUUGUUUAGACUAUUGAAUAUCGUUUUAGCCUUGUGCACUGGACUCUACCUCUGUAUAGGAGAAUUUUCCAGAUUCUUAAUUAGUACUGAUUCUGUGAUUAACUUGGUUAUGUUUCUUGCACUAAGAAUUAAAAAAAAAAAAAAUCUGCUCUAAGUGUGGAUUUUUUUUUUCCUUUAGUUUGAGUUUUGCUGUAUGAAUCCUCUACAGAGGAUGUUUCCUUUCCUCAUGGUUAUAGAAUAAUUCUUUGCUUCCGUUUUUUUCUUCCUUCUGAUUUGUUCCAGGGUUGCCAAAAAUACAGUACCUAUCAGUAAAUCUUCAGUGAGUGUCUUUUGUUUGCAAGGUAUUCUAUGCCAUAUGAUUAAAACCAAAUUGUUAUUUAGGA